AGCGCGCGUGUUUGCUCCUUCAAUUUCGUAAAAAAAUGAUGACGGAUGCUUAGGAUUUGAACCUUUUGCUCUCAUUUCUAGCCUUUCGAAUUAUUUAUCUUUGGAUUACGGAUUUACCAUGGGAUGUGGAAAUAGUACUGACGGAAAAGGUGAAGAUGGGGAAAAGGGAUUUUUUCAUCGCAGACCGAAAGUCAGCAUUCGAGUCGGUAACUCGGUCAAGUUGUCCACCGAAGAAACCACGGUUGUUUUCAUAUUUGGUGGACCCGGCUCCCGUAAAGGAAGGAUCGUGGAUGAUAUGGUUCAUAUGUAUGGAUUCAAGGUGAUCAUUGUGGAGGAUCUACUCUUGGCUGAACUUCCAAAGAAAGUAGCAAACAUCUCGGCAGGUGGAAGCAUUAGAGAGACAAUGUCUAUCGUAUCGGUAAGUAAUAUGGAUCACUGA